CCGGGCGCUGCCUGCUAGGGCGUCUCCCGGCCCGUCGCUUAUUUAACUCCGGGGGCGGGGCAGGGCGGCGCUUACACAACAGUCGGGCGGCGGCGGGAGCGGCGCCAUGUCCUGGUACCGGAACACCGUGUGGUUCCUGAAGGGGCUGCGGGAGUACACCAGGAGUGGCUAUGACUCUGCAUCCAAACACUUUGUUCCGGCAGAUUUGGAGGUAAAUGUAACUGGAAGAUCCUUCAUGAUUACUGGAGCAAACAGUGGUAUUGGCAAAGCAACUGCAACGGAGAUAGCAAAGAGAGGUGGCACACUUCAUCUGGUUUGCCGAAAUAAAGAGAGAGCUGAAGAAGCUAAAAGAGAAAUAACAACAGAAACUGGUAAUCAGAAUAUCUUUUUGCACAUUCUGGAUAUGUCUAAUCCCAAGGGAAUUUGGGAGUUUGCUGAAAAAUUCAAGGUUGAACAUAAAUUAAAUGUCUUGAUCAACAAUGCAGGCUGCAUGGUAAACAAGAGAGAACUAACAGAGGAUGGACUUGAAAAGAAUUUUGCUACAAAUACCUUGGGUACAUACAUUCUCACAACUGCUCUACUGCCUUUGCUGGAAAAAGAAGAUGAUCCUAGAGUUAUAACUGUCUCUUCAGGAGGGAUGUUGGUGCAGAAAUUAGAUGUAUCUGAUUUGCAGUCUGAAAACAUAACAUUUGAUGGUACUAUGGUCUAUGCCCAAAACAAGAGACAGCAAGUAGUCUUGACAGAACAAUGGGCUAAAGUGCACAAAAACAUCCAUUUCUCUGCCAUGCAUCCUGGCUGGGCAGAUACACCAGCGGUGAGAUCAGCGAUGCCAGAAUUCUAUGAAAAGAUGAAGAAUAAACUGCGCACAGAGGCUCAGGGAGCCGAUACAGUAGUGUGGCUGGCAGUCUCACCUGCAGCAGCUAAGCAAACAAGCGGCCUGUUCUUCCAAGACCGGCAACCUGUUUCUACCCACUUGCUCCUGGCCAGAACAUAUUCUUCACCAGAGGAGGAAGAGAAGCUAAUAAAAACUUUGGAAGAGCUUUCCCAGAAAUUUAAACCCACUUGAUCAUGUCUUCUGUAGGCAUUUAUCACCACCCAAUUGAACAGAAAUGAAGCUUUGAAUUAGAAUACUAGCAGAACUGUAUUACACCUGUUACAAAUAUGAGGGGAAGAGAACAAGUUUGCUACAACUAAUAUACUUAUGCAGAAUCACACUUCACCUUUUAUAACAAGUUGUAAUGUAUACUGUUACUGCAGGCUUUCAUAAGAUAGCAUAAGCUAUUGAGCAGUUGAAGAUGAAUUCAGAUUUUGCUCCCCUGAAGUCCUACCUCUGUCUGUCAUACAGUAGAGUACAUGCACCUUGCUUCAAGUAUGUAAAGGAAACACCAGAGGGAGGUAUUUCAGCAUUGGGUUGCUCAUAUGUGCCUGUAACAAACAAGUGCUAGCCUAGCACUAUUACUAAUUACUGACUGCCCCAUAAACUUGUGUGGCUACAAUCAGUUAGUGCUUGGUUAGACUUUACCUCUCCUAUCUAGGUUUUGCUAGUGUCAGUAUUUUCCCCUUGCACUCACAACUCCUCCACUGCUUUAUAACAGUAGAGGAGUGGGCUGUAGGUGGAAAAGAAAGGUCAAAGUACUUUUUCCAAGACCAGAAGUGCUAGACUGCUAUUUGGAAAGCCUAUUAUAGUCCUUUUCAAUCUGAUUUUUCUAACUGAUCUUUUAUUUAUAGCAAACUACUUUUCUUCUUUGGAGGCUAAACCAGUACCUUUCCCUCUAUCUAUAUAUGCUGUAUUUUAGAGCUAAGAACCUUCUCUCCUGUAUGGGGGCAAGGGGUAGUCUGCUUAUGGGGCUGUAGACACUCAGUUUGGAGUGUCUUUCCUUUCAUAGGUUUCAGAGUAGCAGCCGUGUUAGUCUGUAUCCGCAAAAAGAACAGGAGUACUUGUGGCACCUUAGAGACUAACAAAUUUAUUAGAGCAUAAGCUUUCGUGGACUACAGCCCACUUCUUUGGAUGCAUAUAGAAUGGAACAUAUAUUGAGGAGAUAAGGCCUGUUCCUACAAAGGUCUAUAUCAGUUUAACUGAACCAGCAAGUGUUACACAAUUCAUGUAAACAGUCAGGUUUAAGGCCUUGAGAUUUUCUGUAAACUAAUUACUGAAAACAGGAGGAAGUAAGACCACUAUUUUCUGUGUAGGCAGCUCUGCAGCUGUUGCCAAAUUCCUGCUGCUUGACUCAAUGAACAGGGAGGAAAUACUAUUCCAUUCCAGCCUCAAGGGGUUGGAGCUUUGAUUUAAGGAAGCACAGAGCCACAUACUAAAGUGAAAACCUAAUCUGGAUGGGAGCUUGCCUUCAGCAAUGGUAAUGACAAUGCUUGAAAAUAGCUGUACCUUUACAGCCAAGAGAAUGAAAGGAGAAACUAGUACAUGCUUGUUACAUGGGUGGCACCUAAAGCUGUAGUAAAGCCUUUAACAGAAGGGUGCACACAUCAUAGCUUCCAUAUGCUGCACUUACUGCAUGUAACAGGACUAGUUGCAUUCCACCCUCCAUUUCAGGGACUCACUGAAAUCCCCCUCACAAGGAUUCUGUAUGUCUCCCAUACCAGCAUCUCAGUACAUCCUCUAGUGAUCAUGUUACAUUCAGACAGAAGUGCUGGCUAGUUGAGUGCAAGGCCAUGCAAACUCAGCUAAUUAUGGGAGGUAACUAAAAGGUUAAAUUCAUUUUAGCUGUGUACAUUCAGAAUUGAUGGAAUAUGCUGAAUAAGACAAUUGAAGUGCAAGCAGGGGGAACUAAUGAACUUUAGAAUUAGCAAAGUAUUGGUCUGCUUAAGGCAACAUGGACACAGCCACACUGCAAAAGCAGUAAAAUUUUGAACAGCAGUAGUUUGAUUGCCUAUAGGCAACACCAGUCUUUGGCAGUAAACUUUUUAUAACAAGCCUUUGAAAAUUACAAAAGAAAUAUUAUUCUAACAUACCUUAUUGAGACUGUUAAACUAGAACCUGUAUAUAAAAAAUAACUAGUUCUCAGCUAGCAGCAAGAAUACUACCUUUAAGGCUUGUCUACACUACAUGGCAAAGUCUUCAGGGGGAGGGGGUCCACAGGUUAGAGGAGGUAGUUGUAGAGCACUGUAACUGCUCAAUGUAGAUACUGCUGGCAUGUUCUAAAAGGUACUUAGUUUGCAUUAGUCCUCUGUCAAUAAGACCCCCUCUAGAACACUUUGCUGCCCUGCAGACAAGCCCAUAGUUUACUAGAGAUAUCAAAGUGAGUGAGUUGUCUUUCUGGGCUAUAAAGAUUGAUCACUUGAGGCCAUGCUACUGCCCAAAGGAGAAUUAAUUAUGUCUAGAUUUUAAAUGUUAUAAGGAAGCUUUCACAAAAGAGGUGUCCCAGCUGUGUAAAGUGCACACAGUUUAAAAAAGGAGUAUGCUGUAAGGUCCUUUACAUUUGUGUUCAGAAGCAUCCAAAUUAGGUAUAAAGAAACUUGUGUUUCCAGUCUGCUCUCUCUAUGUCAAAAUACAGUCAAACGAAAACAUUAUCUUAGUAGUAUAACAAGCUUCUAGCAAGAUACUGAGUAGUUAGAUGUUAGAAUAUAGAUAUUCAGGCCUGCCUGUAAAGGUCUAUAUACUUUAAGAACUUAGGUGUAUUUUUAAUCACUUAGCUAGUUAUAGAGGUAUGAAACAAAUCAAAAAUCACAAGUCCACCUGUGUACAGGCCUUCUCCCACUAGGAUAGCCUGAGGCCUUGUUCUCAGGCUAAGGCCUUUGGCUAAGCAGUAGAGGCAGCCAUAAGCUGGGAAGUGAAUGGUCACAUCCUCACAUCCCAAACCAGUCACACUAAAAAUAAGCUGCUAUUGGGCUGUUAGGAAGACAAUCCUGUCCUGAUAGUGCCCAUCACCACCAGAUAAAGAAAUCGAUCUUAAGAUGGUUAAAGAAAACUUAAGUUUGAUUUCUUGCCAGACAGGAUGCUCUUAUCAAUGGUUGUGAAACCCUCAUUUCUGUAUUUUUAUCUUUAUGGCCCCCACUUUUCUAUUGUUAAUCUGUCUGGUUCUCUAACUUUUUCUGUCUGCUGUAUAAUUAAUUUUGCUAGAUGUAAGUUAAUUAGGGUAGUGAGAAUUCUCUAACCAAUUCUAUGUUAGGCUUGGUUAGUUAAAUUUCAGUAAAAUGACUGGUUAAGGUACAGCUGAGAAUAUUACUAUAUAAACUGGGGUCAAACAGGAAGUGGAAGAGGAAAUUGGAAUCAUGCUUGCUAAUGAGGGGGAAGGAACUGGAAUAGGGACACAGUAAACACUCUGUGGCAUCAAAGCUGGGAAGGGGGAUGGGUAAAUGCUCUGUGGAGUCAGAGCUGGGAACAGAACACUGAGGGGGGAGGGGGGAAGGGGAAGAAACAGGCUCUCUUGGCGUAUUAAAGAUAAGCCCGACUGGUGUGAAGGGCUUUGGAAUAGGCUUGCUUGGAAACUAACCCCAAUAAACAUCGCAUUGUCUGCG